AGGCGGCGGGGGCAGAGGUGAUGGGGCAGGAAGGUGGGCUGUGCGCCCCCUGGCACGGCUGUGCAGCGUCCCCACCGUCUGCGUGGGCAGCCAAUGAUGACAGUCACCAGGAUCCUAGGGGGUGGUAGGGACGGAUGUCUGAGUGUCAGAGGGGGAGGCGUUUUGGCCACAGAUGAGAGAGGAACGGGGGUUUGGAGGUGCCUUUCUUCCCAGGCUGGGCCUGGAAGAGACCGCUGGGCUCAACCUCACGCCUCUGGGAAUUCCAGUUAUCAAGUCACCAUCCCAUCAGCAGAUGGUGAGCUCUCCACCUCCGGGAAAACUGAUUACACACCGGAAAGUGUUGCUCUGAAGAUGAACCUCCCUGGCUGGUGGAGGCCGGCGUGAGCCCCCACACGCCCCAGCCCCAACCCCUCCCUGCGCGGGCAGCCCUGGACUUCCGGAGGUGGAUGCCUGUCCUGCCCAGCAGAUCCUGUGUCCCCACACGCCAGGAGGGGCCAGAACCCGUUCAUCACGCUGAGCAGUUCAGGGCUCUUCCUGCUUGAGUGGCCCCCGGUCGAUAAUCUAGUGAGUCCCAGCAUCUCCCCUGUGCCUGCAGCUGGGGUCAGAGGUCGUCCUGAAUACCGUUUCGUAAGUAGGACAGCUAACAUCCCAGAGCCGUCAGCAGCAGCGUCAAAGUCACACAUCAUGUAACUGCUCAUGUGAUGGACACAUCUGUACAUACACGUGUAUGUGUAUGUGUGUAAUGUUCAUUACAAUAGAAGAGUGGAACUGUGAAAAAUAGAAAUAUCUUUAAGCAUUAGAUUUAUAACUUAGGAACAACCAAGUAUUCACUCCCAAACCUUUAAUUUUGUCAUGCUGUCAUCCUGAUUUUGCCGUGUUCCCACUCAUUCCGCACCCUUUCUCAGAAGCCCCAGGAGACCUUACAGACAGGUUCACACCUGUGACUGUGAAUCCACCUACAGUGCGUGGGGCUGUCUACAAACCUGGAAUCAAAAGCCCUUGUUGGUGGGUUUUAUUAGCCUCUCUGUCACCCUUCACCCUGUGAGGACUGGUUCUCACUGACCUUCCCCAGGUUCCGCCAUCAUCUGUGUGGCUGUUGCCUGUUCCCUGGGGACACGGUGGCACCUGAUGGUAUCAGUCCAGAAGGAUCUGUAUCUUUUGUAGGGCUUCACCAGUGAGCCUCCAACAUCAUCUAGAAGUAAAGAUGUCCACGGUAGGGAAGUUUCCUCAGAAUUGACGUUUCCUUUUCCAUCACACGCAUUUUGAUAUUUCCUUUUGGUUUGGAACAGUAUUUACACUUGUGGCCAUCUUUUUUUUCUGGCUCUCUAGGUUGUGAUGAUGUUUUAGUUUUAAUUUUUCCCUCUGAAUGUACUACCCUAUUUUAUUUAUAGCUAUGAUCAUCAAAACCCAGUUGAUAAGGUAAAAAUAUGCCAAGUGAGCAUGUCCUGCAGAGAUCUUUCCCAGCAGAAAAAGUAAAGGAUUGCCAUGUCCCAGGAUUCUCAGUCUGUGCGUCUUAGCUUAGAGAGCUGGGCAUUUUGUUUCCAGGUGGGAAGAUGCUCAAAGUACUUCUGAUGCAGAGAGGACGGCCAGGAGGGAGUAAAGAUUACCCUUUCCUGUGGGUCCUCAUCUUAUCAGUCACGUUGUGGGGGACAGCCCAGACUGGCCAUGUGGGCUCUGUUUAGAGCAGGGAGCGCUUCAGCUGAGCUUCUGGCACUGCAGAGCAAACACCCAGGAUGAGCACUGCUGACCUUUCCAAACACUCUUCCUGCCUCGACAUCCUGAGUUCUUGCGAACCAGGAACGGCUGGCGGGGAAGUUGGGUAGGACCGGGCACAGUGCAGCCUGUGAGCAACCACAUUACUAGGGAGUUUAGUUUGAAACGUUUUUGCCAUUUCAGGGGGCUGGGGUUGGGAUUAGGCUGAGGACACUUGGGAGUGAACCCCACUUCAGGUGGAGCCAGCCCUCUGCCGUCUGGACCAGUCACCCCUUAGUAGACGCUGGGCUCUCGUGUCUGACUUGCUAUUCUGAUGCCCUUCUUCCCUCGUUCAAGGUCCCCAGUGCCUUCGGUUUUUCUCACACAGAGAUUAACAUUGGUUUGAAUUGCUGGUGCCCAGGAAGCACCAGGACUGUGUGGAGAAGGGGAGGAAAGACCUGUGUCUCUCUCGAAGCCGCCAGGCCUGUCCCCCCAGAGAGCCCUGGGUAUCUUUGCCCGUCAGUGUCACCCGGCGUUCCAGCUCUGACUCUGAGACCAGGUGCCGCUCGGCUAAGGAGCCUAGUUCACGUCCUGGUGAGUCAGUCCUCUCCGAGCCUCAGGGUCCUCCUCCCCAAAGGGCGGUCGUGCGGAGCAGGGCGGUAAUGGCUGAGAGAGGCCUUUGUGCGCCGGAGGUAAGCUGUAGCAACACGGAGGAAGCGUGUCCCCUGGGAACGGGGGUGACCAGAGGCUGGGCCUCGGCCCCCUCUUAGGAGGACCUGGGCUUUCUCAGACUUCAUCUCUCUGUGUUUUGCCUGAACCUCAUCUUCAGCCUAACUAUGUGGAUGCCUUACAGCUGCUUUGCAGAAAACCGUGCCUUGAGUGGCUCCUGGGGGCAGGGUGCCUGCCUCCUUCCCAAGGAGGGAGCAUCCUCUGCUGCUUCUGCAGAAGCUUUGGGCGCCAGGGAAGCUGCCCAGCUGGAUGCGUCUCUGCGGGUCUUCUCUUCGGGGGCUGCAUGCCAUGCCUGCCUCGAGCCAUCUCGGCUCUCACAGUGCCCCACCCUGCUGCCUAGGAAGGGCUGGCCAGGACAGGAAGGGUGUUCCCUGAAAAGCUGCAAGAUCCAGUCUCCCUCUUGAUGUCAGGGAGGGGAGGAGAGGCCAUGGCCAGGCUGAGCCUGGUACUGCCGGAGGCUGCUGCCAGCUGGGAAGGACUUGAGUGGACACCCUACUCCGAGAUCCCCCUGUUCCCCAGCCGAACCCUGAAGAGAGAACCACAGUGAGAUCGAGCGGCGCCGUCGGAACAAGAUGACCCAGUACAUCACGGAGCUGUCCGACAUGGUGCCCACGUGCAGCGCGCUGGCCCGGAAGCCAGACAAGCUCACCAUCCUCCGCAUGGCCGUCUCCCACAUGAAGUCCAUGCGGGGCACGGGGAACAAGUCCACGGACGGCGCCUACAAGCCUUCGUUCCUGACAGAGCAGGAACUGAAGCAUCUCAUCCUGGAAGCAGCUGAUGGAUUUCUGUUUGUAGUGGCGGCUGAGACAGGGAGAGUGAUUUAUGUGUCUGACUCCGUCACCCCGGUUCUGAACCAGCCGCAGUCAGAGUGGUUCGGGAGCACCCUCUACGAGCAGGUGCAUCCUGACGAUGUGGAGAAGCUGAGAGAGCAGCUGUGCACCUCAGAGAACUCGAUGACAGGCCGGAUCUUGGACCUGAAGACUGGGACGGUCAAGAAGGAAGGGCAGCAGUCGUCCAUGAGGAUGUGCAUGGGUUCCCGGCGGUCCUUCAUCUGCAGAAUGAGGUGUGGAAAUGCUCCUUUGGACCACCUUCCUCUAAACAGAAUAACCACCAUGAGGAAAAGGUUCAGGAACGGCCUCGGCCCUGUGAAAGAAGGAGAAGCCCAGUACGCCGUGGUCCACUGCACAGGCUACAUCAAGGCUUGGCCGCCAGCAGGGAUGACUAUACCGGAAGAAGAUGCCGAUGUGGGACAAGGCAGUAAAUAUUGCCUUGUGGCAAUCGGAAGACUCCAGGUGACCAGCUCUCCCGUGUGCAUGGACAUGAGCGGGAUGUCGGUGCCCACGGAAUUCUUAUCCCGGCAUAACUCUGAUGGGAUCAUCACAUUUGUGGACCCGAGGUGCAUCAGCGUGAUUGGCUACCAGCCACAGGAUCUUCUAGGAAAGGACAUCUUGGAAUUCUGCCACUCUGAGGAUCAGAGCCAUCUGCGGGAGAGCUUUCAACAGGUGGUUAAGCUGAAGGGCCAGGUGCUGUCGGUCAUGUAUCGAUUCCGCACCAAGAACCGGGAGUGGGUGCUGAUCCGCACCAGCAGCUUCACGUUCCAGAACCCCUACUCUGACGAGAUCGAGUACAUCAUCUGCACCAACACCAACGUCAAGCAGCUUCAGCAGCAGCAGGCGGAGCUGGAAGUGCACCAGAGAGAUGGGCUGUCAUCCUAUGACUUAUCCCAGGUUCCUGUCCCCAACCUUCCAGCUGGUGUUCACGAGGCCGGAAAGUCUGUAGAAAAGACAGAUGCAAUCUUCUCCCAGGAACGAGAUCCACGUUUUGCUGAGAUGUUUGCAGGAAUCAGUGCAUCGGAGAAGAAGAUGAUGAGCUCAGCCUCGGCAGCGGGAACCCAGCAGAUCUACUCCCAGGGAAGCCCGUUCCCCGCCGGACACUCGGGGAAAGCCUUCAGCUCUUCGGUGGUUCAUGUGCCCGGAGUGAAUGACAUCCAGUCGUCCUCCUCAACGAGCCAGAACAUGUCCCAGAUCUCCCGGCAGCUAAACCAGAGUCAGGUGGCGUGGACAGGGAGUCGGCCACCUUUUCCCGGACAGCAAAUCCCCUCUCAGUCCAGCAAGACCCAGUCUUCUCCCUUUGGGAUUGGAACGAGCCACACCUACCCGGCAGACCCCUCCUCCUACAGUCCUCUGUCCAGCCCGGCUACCUCCUCGCCAAGCGGAAACGCCUACUCCAGUCUUGCCAACAGGACUCCCGGGUUCGCUGAAAGUGGACAAAGUAGCGGGCAGUUCCAGGGGCGGCCCUCGGAAGUCUGGUCGCAGUGGCAAAGCCAGCACCACGGACAGCAGAGCGGUGAGCAGCACUCCCACCAGCAGCCCGGUCAGACUGAAGUGUUCCAGGUAAAUCAGCGAGCACCGCCUUCUCGUAGGACAUGCUACCCAUGCCAGGAGACCCAACCCAGGGGACGGGCAACUAUAACAUCGAAGACUUUGCCGACCUGGGCAUGUUCCCACCGUUUUCCGAGUAGCUGCGGGCAGAGUGAGGCUUCCGCUGUGCCGUGCCCCACCUGCUGCGAUGUCGAUGCCCGUGUGAGUGGGCCCCCCCUCCGCCCGGCUUGUCCUGCCACAGGACCCCCCCGCAGAAGACAUCUCACCCUCUGUGUGCCCCCCGGCACGGCAUUGCUCGGCUUCUAACCCCCAGCCAGGGCUGCGCGGCCACUGACCAGGAGCCCGCUAGACGCUGGGGGUUUGUUGUAUUUACUGUAUUUUACCUGUGUGUGCUUGGGAGGCCAGCCCGCUGGGUCCUUGAAAUCUGGUUGUGAAUCAUCUUAUAUAUCAGGUAAUUGUCACCUAUAAAAAGUUCAGUUACAGCCGAGAGCCCAAGCAGUAGCCCCUAGGCCUGCCCAGGAAGCUGGAAUCUGGCUUCUUUCUUGCCUUUAACUUCUGUGCCCAUGUGGGGCUCAGGGGGUGCUGGGGAAAGGGGCAGUCAGGAUGCACAGCCUUUGUUCUAGGAGCUGGCGAGGGGCAGCCCGGGGUCCUCUGUCCCCGGCUCAGCCACCUGUCUGUGCGUCCGUCGUGCUGUAGGACGUGUGUGCUUCGUGCAGUGUGACGUGAAUCCCUGUCCUGAUGGAUGUGUUGUGCCCCGUGUCUGUCGUGUGCAGCCAGAGUGGUGUCUGAAAUCCAGGGUGUGUGGCGAGAGUGGGAGCCCAGACAUGCAGCCCUGUCUGAGCUGGGCGGUGCCCUGGCCGGGGGAGGCCUGGCCCAGGGCCUGGGCACCGGGCAGACAGGCCGAGCUGAGCAGGUGGGCACGUCACAGUGUCACCAGGUGCCCUGGCCGGCACCGCUCACUUUGCUAUGUCAGGCCUUUGGCCCAGGACCCAGUGCAGACUCGAGCAGUCGUCUUCUGAGAGAGACCAGCCCCAUCCUGUGAGGGAGCCCCCCCGAGAGCACCCACCCACUUCUGGGUCUGGAGAGCAGCCGUUCCCAGCCCUUCCGGCUUCCACCAGGUUUCUCAUCCCUUCCUGAUGCCUGCAGGGGGCGCCCCUUGAGCCCACAGAGGCCAGGCCCUGCUGUGCACGUGUGAGGGUGCCCCGGCCUCCUGGCCCUUCUGAGCCACGCACAUGCUUCCCCCGGACCAGCCUCUGGAGACGGCAGUGGGGCAAACCCCGCGCGCAGAGCUGGGAACUCUGAAACACCUCCCCCGAGGCCGCCUGAGCUCCUUUCUUCAGUAGGGGACAGUGGCGUCUUGGGAGGGACAGAGUGCAGGUCUGUGAGGUGGGAGAUCGGGCUCCAGUUCUGGGUCCAGUUCUGAUUGUGCCCCACACUCACCAGGGCCCUGAAUUCCUCACAUGGUCUCAAGAUGGGAGUAAAAAGCUUCUGCCUGGCUGACCUCGGAGCCCUGGUCCCUGGCUUGUUGUGUUUCCCUCAGAUUUGAGAUUAGUUGAAGAAUCCAUCCCAUUUUGACUUACCUCUGCGCCCUCCCAUGCCCUAUACACUAGGGGAGAAACUCUGGUGUUCUCUCCUUUUCCUGGUGGUCGCCCUCCCAUCAGCUCCCCGACUCUCACGUGGCUGCUUCAGGGCCGGUGGAGGAGCCCACCCACUGGGAAAGCCUUUUUUUCAGGCAGAUCCCUCAGGCACCUGGCUCAGAAACGGCCUGUGUGUCCCUCUCCCACACCCCCCACCCCACCCCGAAUCCCUGGAGGGCCAGGCUGAGUGGAGUUGCUUCCAGGCUGCCUGAGCGCUGGGUGAGCCCAGCCUGCAGGAGGGAGCCGGGGGAGAGUGUCCGCUCUGCUCUCUGAGAGCUCUGAGCUGAGCCCCAGCCCUGCCGGUGCCCAGAUGGGAGCAUGUGUCCUGCCGUGCCUGGGGAGCCCCCCCUCUAAACGUCCGGCGUUGUUCGGUAAGAAGUCUACGGCUGGCAGCCAGCUUUGUGUGAUCCCAGCUCCGAGGCUCUACAUUAACACUGGCUUUACAGUUUCUAGAGUGGCUCUUAAUCCUUCUGUAUACAGUGGUGAUUGGAUUUGGGCUUUAGAUGCGCAGGCUGUCCUCUUACACUUAGGAGCCUUUUGGCUUCUGGGAGAGCGGCAGAUGGCUGAAACUCCUCACACCCUCGAGGACCAGACCCAGCAGGGGCUUCCCCGGGCGUGCCCUGCCCCUGGGGCCACCUCUGCCAGCCUCCGCAACCUUGAGCUUGCCCCAGGCAGUGGACUUAGUUAUUUCCAAAAAAGGCACAAAAAUAGCUUUUGGACCCAAGAAUGGUUUCUCAGUGAAAUGAAAACAGACUCUCUGUGGCUUUUAAUCUGUAGGUUUGGAAGCUUGAGGUCGGGGGAGGCGGGGGAGCGGGAUCUUAUGUUUGUUUCUCCUUCUAGUUUUUGGAUGAAACCGGGGGCUUCUCCUAGGUGCGCACGUUGGGCUGGCGCACAGACCAUGAGCCUGCCGCACACCUGGGCUGUGCUGGGCGCUGGGGGACUGCAAAAGGACGUGGGAGGAGAGCUCUGCUCCCAGGGACCUUCUGCUACUCGCUCACCUACACGAGCAUCCAGGGUUCAAAUUCUUGGUCCUCGAAAGCUAAGAUUCGUAGAUGACUGAAAGCCUCAGUGGGGGAGGAUCAGAGCUAAAUAGGCCGCCCCCUCCCCUCUUCCCGCUUUGUCUCGUGAGCACCGGCAGGGACUCUGACUGCAGUCAGGUUGGCCGACUCGAGUUCUCUGCCUUCUCUACUCUCCACUCCGCUUUUUGGUUGUGCUUCCUAGAAGCCAUCAGUGGCCACUAAGCAAACAGACAGGACCGAGAGGAUUCCACACCGGAGGAACUCUCUCCCCAAGGAAUUUUGAGACAAACUAGAAUAAGAAUUAAAUCCUUCAAGGGUCUAAUUAUCCCAGUUUAUAAAAGAACCUCCCUCUCCAGUCCUGCCCAGUCAGGCCAGGAUGCACGUGGACUCUGUGCAAAUCAGUGUGGCCCCCGCCCAGGCCCUAGCCUGCACGCCUCUCCUCCUGGAGAUGGAGGCAGAGCUGGGUUGGGAAGGGGAAGGGCACUUAGGACUUUGGCUCUGGGCUCACUUCCUCACUCACACCUCAUCUCACAUCUACUAGGCCUUUGGCUGGCUUUCCUUAGGCCGAGCCAGCAGAAGGCUUUCCACCCUAAAGGGCCAUGCAGUGGCUGCCUGAACCUUGGGUGAGAACAUGAAUGUAGCCACACUGAGGCUCAGCCAGGACUUGGUGACUUCGACAGUGGCUAAGGAGGUUCUAGAACGCCCUGCCUGCCUAUCCCUCCCCACUAGUUUUGUCUUUCGUUCUGGUUUCAGGGAGUGGUAGAGCCAUCACAAACAGCGACAUUCUCCUCCGUUCCCCAGUGUGUCCAAUUCACCCCUUCCAAUCUUUCAUGAAUACCUGUUGCAGCCGGGGGCGGAUUCUGACAGCUGUCGGAACUUGCAGCAGGGAGUGUAAACCUCCCGUGCCCAUCAAGGGGCUGUGCGUUCCCCAGACAAGCCACACUCCGGUAUCAGUGCUGCGGCUCGGCUUGGCCCUGGGAAGUGAGUAGUGUACCCUUCCCACCACGUCAGCCCUUGGGCCAGCAGUGAGCCUCUCCUCCCCAGGCCCACCUGCUCCCUCAUGGUUAGGACUUGUCACAUAAGCAAGACCAAGCCGAUUACCUAGCAGCUCCAGCCAGUAGCAAGGCAGGAUGGAAACGCUCCCUGUUUUCAUAGAAUGUAUGGGUUUGGUCAUGAGGUCGCUGUGACCUGACCUGCCAGGGCAGCCCCAUGCCAUUCCACCGCUUCCCGACCAGAGCCUCCUGCUGUGUACUAAGGGACCUGGCUGCCUAGGGUCUGGGGCACUUUAAAGAGGCGUCGCACCCUGCUGCAGGCCCAUUUUCACAUACAGGGGAAAGGGGCAAAAGGCAGGUCUCGUGGGAACAGGGCAGCUUGCUUCCUAACAACCUCGCUCUCCUUCGAACCGAGAGAGUCCACAGACAAGCUUCAGCGGGCAGUUUAAGCACUUAAUCGUUGCUCUCUUAGCCUUUCUUCUUAUGGAUGUGAACUGUGCUGUGGAUAAAUCAUUUGUAUUUCUUGAAUGUGCUCUAUGACUAACAGUUAUUAAGUCAGUUGUGUAUAUGUGUAACUAAUGUAACUGCCUUUUAAAAUUUCAUUACAAUAAAAAUGACUUUGCUCUGAA